UCAAAGAAAGGGGAAUCACCUAGACUGAGACUGGUAGGUGCUGCGUCACUCGAGAUAGAACCUGUCAAUCAAACGGACGAAGGAAGGUAUCGCUGUCAGGUGACGCCAUUGCCAAGUUUUGAGCAAGACGAAUCUAUAACUGAACUAACCGUUAUUUAUCCCCCGGUGUUCAACCAACGUAGAAACACAACAUUAUAUCUAAACGAGGGUGACGUGACCACACUGCCGUGUAAAGCAGACGCCAAGCCAGAUAACAUAACUUAUAUUUGGUACCAUCAACCACCAUAUUCUGAAGAAGUUCCACUAAAUGAUGAGAACGAUAGAAGAAAACUAAGAUUCGUGAAUGGCAAGUCACUUUACAUCAACGGUUUCAUUGAAAGAUUAGAAGGCAGAUAUCGUUGUGUGGCGAGUAACGAAGCUGGUUCAAAUCAAAUAUUCUUUCGCUUACAUCUUAACCACGAAGCAAAAUUUGACGGCGAUCAUUUUCGAGUCUUAGAAACUUUAGAAGGUGAUGACGUCACAAUGCAGUUAUCUGCUACAGCGGUUCCUUCGAAUGUGACGUAUAAGUGGUAUUAUGAGGGACAACCGAUCGAUUUGUUCGGGUGGUCGUCUUACUUUGGGUUCCAGGCAAAAGAGACGAUGCCAUAUUUACG